UCCAAAAAAAGUAAAAAAUCAGAGACCAAAAGCUUGCAAUCUUGAGAUCCAGUUGACGACAAGUACACGUCUGCACACACACUUGGAAGUUGGAAUCUCAAUAAUUUAGUUGAAUUCAGAUCAAAAGUCACAACUCACACACCAAUAAUUUUUUCCCCCAAAAAGAAUCAAUACUUAUAAAGCAUCCAAUAUAAAAAUCAUGGAAAUCUCUCCUCAAAUUUUGUAACAAUUGAUCCAAAACAAGACCAGAAAAUGGCAUAUCUUGGCUCGUUGAAGCAAAGCUUUGUUGAAACAAACAAAGAAAGAAUAUUACUACCCAGAAAAGGGUAUUCAGAAUUGGGAGUAGGUGGUGGUGCAUCUUUCACAGGAAAUGAGAACUUUCUGGAACGUUUACGCUAUCGGCUUACUGAGUUUUGUAACGAUGUCAAAAAAGCUGCAGCAAAAGCAGUUAAAAUGGGUAGAAGUGAUCCUAGGAAAAUUAUAUUUUCUGCUAAAGUGGGUUUUGCUCUUGCUCUUGUUUCGAUCCUUAUUUUCUUCAAAGAACCCUUGCCUUAUAUUGGUAAACACUCCAUUUGGGCAAUUCUCACUGUUGUCGUCGUUUUUGAAUUCAGUAUAGGUGCGACGCUCAGUAAAGGAUUUAACAGGGCAUUGGGAACGUUUUCUGCUGGAGGGUUAGCUCUGGGCAUUGCUGAAUUGUCUCUUAUGGCUGGAAAAUGCCAAGAGGUUGUGAUUGUCAUCAGCGUAUUUAUUGCAGGAUUUUGUGCGACUUAUUUGAAACUGUAUCCAGCAAUGAAGCAAUAUGAAUAUGGAUUCCGAGUCUUCUUAUUGACAUAUUGUAUAGUGCUAGUAUCGGGGACUUCAGAUUUUGUUCAGACCGCUGUUUCUCGAUUGUUGCUAAUUGGGGUUGGAGCUACUGUCUGUUUGCUUAUAAAUGUCUGCAUCUAUCCCAUUUGGGCUGGUGAAGAUUUGCACAAAUUGGUGGCGAAAAAUUUUAAGGGUGUCGCUACUUCUUUGGAAGGUUGUGUCAAUGACUAUUUGCAAUGUCUUGAAUACGAAAGGAUACCAUCAAAAAUUCUUCUUUACCAGGCAUCCGAUGAUCCUGUCUACAAUGGUUAUAGGACUGCUGUAGAGUCCACCAACCAAGAAGAUUCUCUGUUAGGUUUUGCUGUGUGGGAACCCCCUCAUGGCCGUUACAGAAUGCUCAAUUAUCCUUGGGGUGAAUACGUUAAAGUCAGCGGUGCACUGAGGCAUUGUGCUUUCACAGUCAUGGCUAUGCAUGGCUGUAUUCUUUCAGAAAUACAGGCAGCAUCUGAGUUGAGGCAGGUUUUUAGGAAGCAGAUUCAGAGAGUUGGGACUGAAGGAGCUAAAGUGAUACGGCAGCUUGGAGAGAAAGUAGAAAAGAUGGAGAAACUAUUCCCUGGAGAUCCUCUCGAAGAAGUUCAUGAGGCUGCGGAGAAUCUUCAACUGUUGAUUGACCAGAAAUCUUAUCUUUUGGUUAAUGCAGAGAAUUGGGAAAGUUCAAAAAGACCUAAGAAGUUUGAAGAUCCUGAACGCAUUCAAGAACUGAAGGACAAUGAACCUAAACCCAUGCUAAUAAACUCUCUUAGUGAAGCAACUCUUCAUCUAAGGUCUGCUCACACAUUGAAGCACAUGGAUACUCUUAAUCCAAAUGUAAGCGUCAACUUUUCUACUUCACAAUGGGGUUCCUCAGAAGAUGUGUUCAAGCAGCAGACGAUGUGGCCUUCACGGCUUUCAGUUCUUGGAGAUGUAAUUUUGAAUGAACGUGAAGUACGGACAUUUGAAAGUGCUAGUACAUUGUCACUGGCAACAUUUACUUCCUUGCUGAUCGAGUUUGUUGCAAGGCUUCAGAAUCUAGUAGAUGCAUUUCAAGAGCUCAGUGAGAAGGCAAAAUUUAAGGAAUGCAACUGAUAGAAAAGAGGCAGCUACUCUUUGAGGCAGGUUGUGUAACUGUUCCUGCUUUUUGGUUGAGGGGAUCUUCUUUCUGCUGUCCAGUGUCACAGUGCUUUAUUGCUCUACUGCCAGUAAAGAAGAUGUUAUCAACCAGAAACUAGGUUCAGGCUUGGAAUGAAAACUUUUCUUAUGAAGUUGAAGAUGUUUUGAGACAAUUAUAUAUAAUAUACUAGUUUCUGGUCCACGCGCAACGCACCCAAUGUCAAUGAGUACAAAAAUUAUAAAAUCACGUGAAUAAUAUUUUCUUUAGAAGUUAAGGUAGAGUAGCUUAUUGUGCUGACUACAUUGUUGACAAUAGUAUCUCAGGCAUUACAUAUAUAAAGUAGAAUGGAACAUCAACUUCAUUUUGUGUA